UUUUGUAACGCAAUUGGCCACGUGACUAAUGACGUGUACACUGCCGUAAAUUCAUCCUGUAGGAUACACAUGCAUGUUAGUCACCGGUGAACAUUUCAGGGCGAGAAACGUGACGGCUAAAACGGUUUAUACUGGGCUGACUGGAAAUCUUUUAAAGAGAAAAUGCCUGGAGAUAUCAAUAAAGGGAAGAAGGCCUUUGUCCAGAAGUGUGCCCAGUGUCACACUGUGGAGAAUGGAGGGAAACACAAGGUCGGCCCAAACCUUUGGGGUCUCUUUGGUCGCAAAACGGGUCAGGCAGAAGGCUACAGCUAUACAGAUGCCAACAAAAGUAAAGGUAUUAUCUGGGAUGAGAAUACGCUGAAUGUCUACUUGGAGAACCCGAAAAAGUACAUUCCCGGAACAAAGAUGAUCUUUGCUGGCAUCAAAAAGAAGAACGAGCGUGCCGACCUUAUAGAAUAUCUUAAAUCUGCCACUUCAUAGGAAAAAAUUUCCAAGAAUUGUCAUUUUCUUCUCAACUGUUAAGUUUUAUCUCAGUAAUGCCUGUUUUCGGUACGAUCAGUCUUCCUGGUAAGUGUGAUAUCAUCCCUGGUUUUAACCGGUUCCAUUUUAUAUAUAAUUGUAUAAUUUAUUAAACCAUAUGUACUGUAUUCAGAUUAGAAACUGUUAAAGCUGCUCACUCAAAUAUUUGUUGUAGAUUGUUUGUUUUUAAACCUGUUGUCAUCAAUUUCAUGUUUGUUUACAGUGUUAGGAACAAACAGCACACCGUUAUGAACUUUGUUACAUUAAAUAAAACACCACCAAAUAUCA